AUGCAGGGCUUGGCGUCAGUGUUCAUCGCUCUCUCACUGCUUCUUUCUCCUCUCACCGGAGACCACAACGGCGCCAACAACUCGGCCAGCGAUGGCGCAAUGACGCUGAGGAAACAGGGGGAGCACAGCAACAGUGGCUACUACUCCAAGGGACCCGUGUUGAGCUCUAUCGAGGGCGGAAGCAAGGGCGCGAUGACCAUCAGGGACAACGACAACUCUGACUGCCCCAUCAAGUACCCGGACAUCAACAGCAAGGCCUACUGCGAGUGCGUCGUCGGCCGCUCCGACAACUUCGUCUGCGAUCGCUGA